CUGAAUAGGGAAGCGCUCCAGUUUCCGAUGACAGUGAACGCACAACAGUCCCGGUUCUCCAUCUUCCUCCAAACAGGCGAAGGACCAACCUGCGUCUUAACCCGCUGGAAUAUUUUCCCACUGACAAACCCUGACCAAACCAGACUUAAAGGACCACAAACAUGACGGACUCCAAAUAUUUCACGACAAACAAAAAAGGGGAGAUCUUUGAACUGAAGGCCGAGCUGAACAAUGAGAAGAAGGAGAAGAGAAAAGAGGCAGUGAAGAAGGUCAUCGCUGCCAUGACUGUUGGCAAAGAUGUCAGUUCUUUAUUUCCAGAUGUGGUCAACUGCAUGCAGACCGACAACCUAGAGCUGAAGAAGUUGGUCUACCUCUACCUGAUGAACUACGCCAAGAGCCAGCCCGACAUGGCCAUCAUGGCUGUCAACAGCUUCGUCAAGGACUGCGAGGACCCCAACCCUCUGAUCCGGGCUCUGGCUGUCCGGACCAUGGGCUGCAUCCGGGUGGAUAAGAUCACAGAGUACCUGUGUGAGCCGCUGAGGAAGUGCCUGAAGGAUGAGGACCCGUACGUGAGGAAGACGGCGGCCGUUUGUGUGGCUAAACUUCACGACAUCAACGCCCAGAUGGUGGAGGACCAGGGCUUCUUGGACUCCCUGAGAGAUCUCAUUGCUGACUCCAACCCCAUGGUUGUGGCCAAUGCGGUUGCUGCCCUGUCAGAGAUCAGUGAGUCUCACCCCAACAGCAACCUGCUGGACUUGAAUCCUCAGAACAUCAACAAGCUGCUGACGGCCCUCAAUGAGUGCACAGAGUGGGGGCAGAUCUUCAUCCUGGACUGUCUGUCCAACUACAACCCCAAGGAUGAGCGUGAGGCUCAAAGCAUCUGUGAGCGUGUCACUCCUCGGCUGUCUCACGCCAACUCAGCGGUGGUUCUGUCAGCUGUUAAGGUGCUGAUGAAGUUCUUGGAGCUGCUGCCCAAAGACUCGGACUACUACAACACGCUGCUGAAGAAGUUGUCCCCCCCGCUGGUCACCCUGCUGUCUGGAGAGCCAGAGGUCCAGUACGUGGCCCUGAGGAACAUCAACCUCAUUGUCCAGAAGAGGCCUGAGAUCCUGAAGCAGGAGAUCAAGGUGUUCUUCGUCAAGUACAACGACCCGAUCUACGUGAAACUGGAGAAGCUGGACAUCAUGAUCCGCUUGGCGUCUCAGGCCAACAUCGCCCAGGUUUUGGCUGAGUUGAAGGAAUACGCCACAGAGGUAGAUGUCGACUUUGUGCGUAAAGCUGUACGAGCCAUCGGACGCUGUGCCAUCAAAGUGGAGCAAUCGGCCGAGCGCUGCGUCAGCACUCUGCUGGACCUGAUCCAGACCAAGGUCAACUACGUGGUGCAGGAGGCCAUCGUGGUCAUCAGGGACAUCUUCCGCAAAUACCCCAACAAGUAUGAAAGCAUCAUCGCCACGCUGUGUGAGAAUCUGGACUCUCUGGAUGAGCCUGAUGCUCGAGCUGCCAUGAUCUGGAUCGUUGGCGAGUACGCCGAGAGGAUCGACAACGCCGACGAGCUGCUGGAGAGCUUCCUGGAGGGCUUCCACGAUGAGAGCACUCAGGUCCAGCUCACUCUGUUGACUGCCAUUGUUAAGCUGUUCCUUAAGAAGCCAUCAGAGACACAGGAGUUGGUGCAGCAGGUCCUCAGUCUGGCCACUCAGGACUCUGACAACCCUGACCUGCGUGACAGAGGCUACAUCUACUGGCGCCUGCUGUCCACCGACCCUGUGACUGCCAAGGAGGUGGUGUUGUCGGAAAAGCCCCUGAUCUCGGAGGAGACGGACCUGAUUGAACCCACCCUGCUGGACGAGCUCAUCUGCCACAUCGGCUCCCUGGCUUCCGUCUACCACAAACCUCCCAGCGCCUUCGUGGAGGGAAGCCACGGAAUCCACCGGAAACACCUUCCUGUUCAGCACAGCAGCAUCGACACAGGUGAGAGCCCAGUGAGCGGUGGACCAGCUGCUGCCAUGGACCAGCCACAUGUGAUCCCCAGCCAGGGCGACCUGCUGGGAGACCUGCUGAACCUGGACCUGGGCCCUCCGGUCAACGUGCCCCAGGUCUCCUCCAUGCAGAUGGGUGCAGUGGACCUUCUGGGAGGAGGCCUGGACAGCUUGCUGGGGGGAGACCUGGGCGGAGGUGUUGGGGGAAGUCCAGCAGUGGGACAGAACUUCAUCCCGUCGUCUGUCCCCAGUACUUUUGCUCCGUCUCCAACUCCUGCUCCUCCGGCUGUCAGCAGCGGCCUCAACGACUUGUUUGAGCUUUCCACAGGCAUGGCCAUCACCACCGGAGGCUACGUAGCUCCCAAAGCGGUGUGGCUUCCUGCAGUGAAAGCUAAGGGGCUGGAGAUCUCUGGAACCUUCUCUCGCCGUCAGGGCCACAUGUACAUGGACAUGACCUUCACCAACAAAGCCCUGCAGCACAUGACUGACUUCGCCGUCCAGUUCAACAAGAACAGUUUUGGGAUGAUCCCCACCAGUCCGCUGCCCGUCCACACUCCACUGAUGCCCAGUCAGAGCAUCGAGGUCUCUUUGCCUAUCAACACCAUCGGUCCAGUCAUGAAGAUGGACCCACUCAAUAAUCUGCAGGUGGCUGUGAAGAACAACAUCGACGUGUUCUACUUCAGCGUACUCAUCCCUCUCAACAUAUUCUUUGUUGAGGACGGGAAAAUGGAGCGACAGGUGUUCCUGGCUACCUGGAAAGACAUCCCCAAUGAGAACGAGCUGCAGUACCAGAUAAAGGAGUGCCACCUAAAUGCAGACACGGUGUCAGGGAAGCUGCAGAACAACAACAUCUACACCAUCGCCAAGAGAAACGUAGAGGGCCAGGACAUGCUGUACCAGUCUCUGAAGCUGACCAACGGGAUCUGGAUCCUGGCUGAGCUCCGUAUUCAGCCCGGAAACCCCAACUACACGCUGUCCCUGAAGUGUCGGGCCCCUGAAGUGUCUCAGUACGUCUACCAGAUGUACGACUCGGUUCUGAAGAACUAACCUACUCCAGCUCUGCUUCAUCCUGACUACAAACUGCAGUGUUUUAUCAUUUCCUGUAUCUGCAGCUAACUGCCAAAACAAGAGAACCCAAACAGCAAGCGAUGGAUUAAGUCUGGAGUAGCGGGCGUAUUUGACAGCUGACACAGAGGUAUUAUAAAAGAUCAACACACUGUUGGUGUUUCCUUUAUUUUGGCAGUUGAACGCAUUAUUAAAUCCUGUACUUCAGCUCCCCGUUUAGAUUUUUACCUCCCAGUGCAAACACAUUCGCCAUUCCAUCCUAAACUUAGUGUCUUAAUGUUGUGAAGAUGAUGAAAAUGUCCUGAGUGGAAAAAAAAAAAUCCCCCAUGAAGCCAUUGUUUUUUAUUACUUUGUACAGCGUGUCGCUCGCACUUCUGUCAGUUUAUUUUUGAUACCGGCUUUGCUUUAGUUGUGUUUUCAGAAUGAUUCCAGUGUUGAUUUGCUCCGUUUGCCAUUAAUGUGUUUGAAGAUUCAAACCCAGAAGCUUUUGAUGUCUUUUUCCUGCCGUGACUUCAGCACAGCUUCUUUCCUGUUUGCUAGAAAGCAGCUUUUAGCUACUAACGCCUCAAUGAUUGAAAAACUGUGAAGUGAAAUUUCAAAACAUUGGGAUGAGUGACUGUAUCCUAACUCCUAAAUCGUGGUGUUAAACUGUGGGUUUCCACUGCCGUUUAUAGUGGAGGUGGUAAAACCCUUUUCCAGUCUUCUGCACAUUCUGGCUUUAUUAGCAUUCCACCUUUUCCAACUCAGCUACUUGUGAACAUCCUUACAAUAAUUUGGCUUUUCUCCUGAAUACUAAAUUGUUAAGAAUUUAAAAGAAACUUUUAAUCUAUAGGGAACAUCUUCAUGGAACCUUUUCUGUCAUAAUUUGCUGCAGCCUCGUCAAUACUGGAUUUCUGUGGCUGAAUGUAUCGAUACGUCGGCUGAUAUUAAAUUGAUAAAGUUAAAGGAUGGCGUCACUGUUUACCUUCCAGCGAUGUGUUUCAGAAGACACCCUUUGACUCCGCACCGCCGUCUGUUAAACUGCGAUACAUUCCCUGCUACAUGUGCUGCAGACAGUGCGCACUCUGCUGGACAAACUAAACAAUGACGCCAUUUUUAAAUUAUAUAUUCUGAAUUAUGUUCAAUAAAGGUGAAACUUUUACAUCAGCACAUAUUAUACAACAUAUAAUGAUGAAAUCUGAUAUAUUUUAUACCGACCAGGCUCUAAAAUUUGCCACCUUUACAAAAAUAUUCAGUAUAGUGAGGUGUCUGUGGCCGAAAAUCCCCAAUAUUUCCACCUCCAACCACAAGACAAUCCACAGCAGCUGCUUGUAAUGUGUAAACACACCAGUGCCACUCCGCGUUAAGAAUAUUUGCCAAUUUGUUUUGCCCUGUUUACCGUACGCAGCUUCAUUCCUUUAUUCUGCAUCUACCUCUGCCUCUUUCCUUUUAACUGCUCCACUUCUUUGUGCUUUAAUGCCUCCACUGUUCCUCUCAAGAAUGCCAGUGUUCUUUUUCUUUUUUUUUGUUUCGUAAACUUCAUGCCGGUCUAAACUUGUGGCGACUCGGCCAAACUGAACCCACAGGACCAAGCAUUCAGAGUAAGCGUCUGUUUUAACACUCCAGUGUCAUUCUAACCUGAACGUUCCUUGCAAACACCCUCGGGUCCAGAGUUGUAGUGUAGUCCAGUGGUGGUGUAGUUUGUGUAGCUAAUAAAAGGUUUUGUUGUUGCUCUGGAAAUGAAACAAAGCAUCGCCUUCUACCUGUCCAACCAGCGGAAAUGGCUUAUUCCAUGUAUGUUACACGAUGACACAGAAUAUGUUUAUGUGCCUGCAUGACCUCGCUGUCAUUUUAUCCUUUUUCAUUUCAACUCGAGUUAAAACUUCUCUCCUCCACACCUCUGUCGUAGAUUGUUUUUUUAACGCAGCAUCAUCACCAAUAGAAGUAUAUCCAAAGUUGUUGCCACUAGUACAGAACGUACGACCAGAUCCAUCAUAGCAGCUUAUGAAAUUGAAUAUUUCCAGCGUUGUUGAUGUAACCCUGUUGUAAAUGAUUUGUUACUGUCAUAGUACCUCAUGUCAAUAAAUUGUUAAACUCA